UAUUGACUGAAAAUUUGCCGAGAGAGGCGGCAUAGUCGCAGUCAGGUGGAAACAUUUUCUCCUCAAUUCAUAAAAUACGGUCAUGUCUACUUCAAAUUGAAUUCAGAUUUCAUUGGAUUGUGAGUGAUUUCUUGUUACCUGAUUACGUGAUACUCAUAAUAGUGAAUUAUUUAACAAUAAUAAAAAUUUAUUUAGUUUCAAGUGGUUUUUUACAUUGAUAGAAUUGUUGGAUACUUGAAAGCAGUAAUUGAAGAACUGUUUCAAUAAUGAAUAAACUUUGAAUAAAAUAUUGGCUGAUUUACUGGCAGUGUAUUAAUAUACAGGAAUUGAUUAGAAAAUCAAAGAAAAGAUUAUUAAAUAUAACAAAAAUUAUAUUAAAUAAACAAAAAUUAUAUGAUAUUGAAACAUUGAUUGAAUGUAACAACGUAAUUUGCAGUUUUGCGAACUAACCAUUACGGAUUAAGCACAUGUAUAUUAAUCAUUGAUACGAAUUGAUAGAUAUAAUAUUAUAAAUUUUUUUAUUCUAUUCAGUGUUUUAGUGAAAGUGAAAUUUCUACAAGUUAAUUCGAAAUUAGUAGAAAUUUUCAAAUAAAAAAUAUGAAUGAAGCCAAAUUUUGGAGUUUUCCUCCAAAACAAGCUCUCUAUGAUCCACUUCUUGAAAAAGAUGCUUGCGGUGUCGGAUUUAUUGUUGCCAUAGAUGGAAAAAAAUCACAUAAGAUUGUUCGCGAUGCGGAGGUUCUUUCAGCGCGCAUGAACCAUCGGGGUGCCUGUGCUUGUGAUAACGAUACUGGUGAUGGAGCCGGUGUUCUAUGUGCAAUUCCACAUGAGUAUUACGCCGAUGAAUUGCGCAAACAACAAAAUAUCGAAUUACCAGAAUUUGGCCAUUAUGCUACUGGUAUUCUGUUUCUUGAUAAAAAUUCACAUCAACAAGCUGAAGCUGCAUUUGAAAAAUUAGCUGAAGAAUGCUCUUUGAGGGUAAUUUGUUGGCGAGAUGUUCCAACAGAUAAUAUACGAAUUGGUCAAGUAGCGCGAAAAUGUGAACCUUACAUGCGUCAAGUCUUUGUUACUGGUAAUGAAGACAACAUUAAUCUUGAACGACAAGUUUUUAUUUUGAGGAAAAGAUCAUCCCAUUCUGUACCACAAUUAGGAAUUAGAUAUUACAUAUGCUCACUUUCUAUACGAACAAUAGUUUACAAAGGACAAUUGACGGCGGAUCAAUUAUGGCUUUAUUUUCUAGAUUUGAAGUCUCCAAAUUUUGAAACCUAUUUGGCAUUAGUUCAUACAAGAUUCUCCACAAAUACAUUUCCUAGCUGGGAAAGAGCGCAUCCUCUUCGAUUAUUAGCACACAAUGGUGAAAUUAAUACUUUAAGAGGUAAUGUGAACCUAAUGAAAGCCCGUGAAGGAGUGAUGAGUAGUAAAAUUUUUGGGGAACAAUUGAAACAGCUUUAUCCUGUAGUAGAGCCGAAUCUCUCCGAUUCGGGGGCCGUUGAUUGUGUUUUAGAAUUUUUGGUAAUGGUGGGUCAACGAUCUUUGCCAGAGGCAGUAAUGACAAUGGUACCAGAAGCAUGGCAAAACGAUUUAACGAUGGCAACAGAAAAACGAGAUUUUUAUCAUUGGGCUGCAUGUGCGAUGGAACCUUGGGAUGGUCCUGCUCUUUUAACUUUUACGGAUGGACGCUAUGUUGGUGCUAUUUUAGAUAGAAAUGGCCUACGUCCAUCGCGCUUCUACGUCACUAAGGAUAAUAUGAUGGUAAUGGCUUCUGAAGUGGGUGUUUAUGAUACUCCAUCUAGCAACAUAGUUCUGAAGAGUCGCUUGAAACCUGGUAGAAUGCUAUUGGUUGAUACAUACGAAAAGAAGAUCAUAGAGGAUGUAGAAUUGAAAUUGCAAAUUUCGAGAAGUAGACCACAUUCUAAAUGGCUAAAAGAUCAGAUUACAAUGGAAGAACUUCGUGCUGCAGACAUUGAUUAUAAAAAGAUAUCAAGUACAAUUGAAAACGGUUCGGCCGUAGAUGAAGAAGUAGCUAAAAAAAAUGUAUUAAAUGACGCAAAUCCAAUAUCUGUUGUUAAUCGAGUUUGGGGAGGAGAUAAAAGAUUAUCGCUCUAUGGAUAUACUCUUGAAACUAUUAAUUUACUUCUUUUACCAAUGAUGCAAUCUAAGAAAGAAUCAUUGGGUUCCAUGGGUAAUGAUGCUCCAUUAGCUUGUCUUUCUCAAUUUCAACCACUUAUUUAUGAUUAUUUUAAGCAACUCUUUGCUCAGGUGACAAAUCCACCGAUAGAUCCAUUUAGAGAAAAGAUUGUAAUGUCAAUGCUUUGUCCUAUUGGGCCAGAAAGCAAUAUUCUUGAACCAAAUGAACUGCAAGUGCAUAGAUUAUUUUUAUCACAACCUAUACUUUCUUUAGAUGAUCUUGAAAUAAUCAAACGAACAAAAUAUCGCGGUUGGAAAACUAAAAUAAUUGAUGCAACAUAUCCUGUACAAUAUGGUCCAUCUGGAUUAAUUGAUACAUUAAAUCGUGUCAGUCAAGAAGCUAAUCAUGCUGCAAAAGAAGGUUAUCAAUUUCUUGUUUUAUCUGAUCGACAAGGUAAUUCUGAAAGAGUGCCUGUAAGUAGCUUAUUAAUAUUGGGUGCAGUACAUCAUUAUUUAAUCGAAGAACGACAACGUAUGAAAGUUGGUCUCAUUUUGGAAACCGCUGAGGCUAGAGAAGUGCAUCAUAUAUGUUUGCUACUUGGCUAUGGAGCAGAUGCUAUUUGUCCAUAUCUUGUAUUUGAAAUGGCAAGAAAUCUUCGUAUGGAUGGUGUAUUAGAUUCAUCAUUAACUGAUAACGCUUUAUGUUCGAAUUAUGCAGAAGCAAUGGAGAGAGGAAUAGCAAAAGUAAUGGCAAAAAUGGGAAUCUCUACAUUACAAUCUUAUAAAGGAGCUCAAAUUUUUGAAGCAGUCGGUUUAUCCGAUGAAGUUAUUGAUAAAUGUUUCAAAGGCACACAGUCUCGUAUUGGUGGAGUAACCUUUGAUAUUUUAGCAAAAGAAGCAUUUGAAAGACAUCAAAUUACAUAUUGGGAAAAAUCUAUGGAUAUACUUAUUAUUCGCAAUCCAGGAAUCUAUCAUUGGAGAUCUGGAGGAGAAAAACACAUAAAUGAUCCUGAAAGUAUUGCUAAUUUACAGGAUUAUGUGAAUUCAAAGAAUUGGAAUGCUUAUGAUAAAUAUCGAAAAACUACAAUGGAAAUGAUAAAAGCUUGUACUUUGCGUGGUCAAUUGGAAUUAGUAAAAAAAACAGAAAAGUCAAUACCCAUUGAAGAAGUUGAAUCAGCAUCUGAAAUUGUGAAACGAUUUGCAACAGGAGCUAUGAGUUUUGGAAGCAUUUCUAUAGAAGCACAUACUACUUUAGCAAUUGCUAUGAAUAAUAUCGGCGGUAAAUCAAAUACUGGUGAAGGAGGUGAAAAUGCUGAUAGAUAUUUAAAUCAAAAUCCAGAAUUUAAUAAACGAUCAGCCAUUAAACAAGUUGCAAGUGGUCGCUUUGGUGUAACAUCGAGUUAUUUGGCAAAUGCUGAUGAUCUUCAAAUCAAAAUGUCACAAGGAGCAAAACCAGGAGAAGGAGGUGAAUUGCCUGGUUAUAAGGUUACUGCUGAAAUUGCUGCAACUAGACACUCAGUACCUGGUGUAGGUUUAAUUUCACCACCACCACAUCAUGAUAUUUAUUCAAUUGAAGAUCUUGCAGAACUAAUUUAUGAUUUAAAAUGCGCGAAUCCAAAUGCUCGUAUUUCUGUCAAAUUGGUGUCAGAAGUAGGAGUAGGCGUAGUUGCAUCAGGUGUAGCUAAGGGUAAAGCAGAACAUAUCGUAAUAUCUGGUCAUGAUGGUGGAACUGGUGCUAGUACCUGGACAGGAAUAAAAUCCGCCGGAUUACCGUGGGAAUUAGGAAUUGCAGAAACUCAUCAAAUUUUAACUCUAAAUAAUCUUCGUUCACGUGUCAUCGUACAAGCAGAUGGUCAAAUGCGUACUGGAUUUGAUGUAAUAGUUGCAGCUCUUUUAGGUGCUGAUGAAUUUGGUUUUAGCACUGCACCUUUAAUUUCUAUGGGUUGUACUAUGAUGAGGAAAUGUCAUUUAAAUACUUGCCCUGUGGGUAUUGCGACUCAAGAUCCAGAACUUCGAAAAAAAUUUAAUGGGAAACCAGAACAUGUAAUUAACUUUUUCUUUGCAGUGGCAGAAGAGGUACGUUCUUAUAUGGCCGAUCUCGGAUUACGUAAAUUUCAAGAUUUAAUCGGUCGUACAGAUUUGUUAAAAGUUCGCAAUGAUAUCAUAAUAGAAAAGGCUAAAACAUUAAAGCUUGAUAAUAUUUUACGUAAUGCACUUGAACUCAGACCAGGAGUAAAUAUUCAGGGAGGAUCAAUAAAACAAGAUUUUCAAUUAGAAAAUAGACUGGAUAAUUGUGUGAUUGAAUUGAUCACAGAUGUAUUGAAUGGAAAACAAAAUCGUGUUGAUAUUGAGUUAAAUAUUAAUAAUGAAUGUAGAGCAUUUGCAGCAACAUUAAGCUAUCAUAUUUCAAAAUUAUAUGGUGAAAAUGGUUUACCUGAAGGUAGUAUUAAUAUAAAAAUGAAAGGUUCUGCAGGUCAGAGUUUUUGUGCUUUCAUGACCAAAGGCGUUCAUGUUACUCUCGAAGGAGAUGCUAAUGAUUAUGUUGCCAAAGGUUUAUGUGGAGGAGAAGUUGUUAUAUAUCCACCAAAGGACUGUACUUUUAAUUCCAAUACAAAUGUAAUCGUUGGUAAUGUUUGUCUUUAUGGUGCAACAUCUGGCAGAGCAUAUUUUCGAGGAAUUGCUGCUGAAAGAUUUUGUGUUCGUAACAGUGGUGCAAUAGUAGUAGUUGAAGGUGUUGGUGAUCAUGGAUGCGAAUAUAUGACUGGUGGUUGUGCGAUAAUUUUGGGACUUACUGGUCGGAAUUUCGCUGCUGGAAUGUCUGGUGGGAUAGCCUAUGUUUUAGAUGUAGAUGGAUCGUUCAAAAGUAAAUGUAAUCCUGAUAUGGUAGAACUACUUCCUUUAAAUAAGCAAGAGGAUAUUGCAUAUGUGAAAGAACUUUUAAAAGAAUUUGUUGAGAAAACUGGUUCUCUCAUAGCACAAGAUCUUUUAAUGUUAUGGCCUGAACCAACAACACGAUUUGUUAAGGUAUUUCCAUAUGAAUAUCAACGAGUAUUAAAACAAGUUAAAGAAACUAAACAAAUACAACCAAUAUCCAAUGGAAGUUCUCAAACAUUAAACAUUCAGGUUAAAGAUAUUGAAGAUACUAUUGCAAAUAUUGAUAUGGCACAGCAUAAGUUGGAUAAGAUAAGAGGAUUUAUGAAAUACAAAAGACAAAUAGAAGUUUACCGAUCAAUUGAAAAUCGAAUUGCCGAUUGGAAUGAAAUCUAUAACUUUCAAAGUGUCCGUAAAGGAUUGCGCAUACAAGCCGCAAGAUGUAUGGAAUGUGGCGUACCAUUUUGUCAAAGUAGCCAUGGUUGUCCAUUAGGAAAUAUCAUUCCUAAAUGGAAUGAUCUUGUUUUUCAAUCAAAUUGGAAAGAAGCUUUAAAUCAAUUAUUACAAACUAAUAAUUUUCCAGAAUUCACGGGAAGAGUUUGUCCUGCCCCGUGUGAAGGUGCUUGCGUUUUAAGUAUAUCGGAACCAGCAGUUACAAUAAAGAACAUUGAAUGCGCGAUAAUUGACCAUGCGUUCGAACAGGGUUGGAUAGUUCCUUAUCCACCAAAGAUGAGAACUGGUCGACGAAUAGCCAUAAUUGGUUCUGGUCCAGCUGGUUUAGCAGCAGCUCAUCAAUUAAAUAAAGCAGGCCAUUUAGUAACUGUUUAUGAAAGAAAUGACCGAAUUGGAGGUCUAUUGCAAUAUGGUAUUCCGACUAUGAAAUUAUCUAAACAGGUUGUUCAAAGAAGAGUUUCUCUGCUUGCAGCAGAGGGUAUUAUAUUUAAGACUGGUAUCGAUGUUGGAAAACAUAUUUCUGUUAAGGAAUUACGUGAACAAUAUGAUGCAAUGUUAAUAUGUACGGGUGCUACUUGGCCAAGGGAUUUACAAAUAUCUGGUAGACAUCUUGAAGGAAUUCAUUUUGCUGUAAACUUUUUAGAACAUUGGCAAAAAAAACAAAUGGGAAACGAUACCUCGUUAGAUAUACGUUUAAUGGCUAAAGAUAAAGAUGUUAUUAUAAUAGGUGGCGGUGAUACUGGUUGUGAUUGCAUAGCUACAUCUUUACGACAGGGUGCUAAAUCAAUUACCACUUUUGAGAUUUUGCCGGAACCACCAAGUAAAAGAGCACAUGAUAAUCCCUGGCCUCAAUUUCCACGUGUAUUUAAAGUAGAUUAUGGCCAUGAAGAAGUUUCUCUAAAAUUUGGUCGAGAUCCUCGUCAAUUUAGUACAUUGAGUAAAGAAUUUCUAGAUAAUGGAAGUGGUCAUGUAAGUGGUAUCAAAACAAUUUCAGUAUCAUGGAUGAUGGAAAAUGGACGUUGGAAAAUGGAAGAAAUUUCUGGAACAGAAAAGAUCUAUAAAUGUGAUCUAGUUCUACUCGCAAUGGGUUUCUUAGGCCCUGAAAAAUAUAUUGCAACAGAAUUAAAUACAGCAAUGGAUGAAAGAGGUAACUUCAAAACAUCACUUGGUAAAUACGAAACAAGUUUAACUGGAAUAUAUGCAGCAGGAGAUUGCCGGCGUGGACAAUCUUUAGUAGUUUGGGCGAUCACAGAAGGUAGACAAGCCGCAAGAGAAAUAGAUCUGGCCUUAAUGGGAAAAACUGGUCUUCCUGUUUCCGGUGGUAUCAUAAAUAGUGUCGUGAAUUAAAACAGAAAUAUUUUUCAUUGUUAAUCAAUUAGAAUUUGAAUAUUAUUUUUUUCUAACCUUUUUCUUCUACCGUACUCUCCUAUUUUUCUUUUUCUAUCUUCUCACAUAGUUGAAUUAUAUAAAGUAUGCGAUAUAAAGGUAGAAGAAUAAGUACAUUUAAUAAUUAAAAAAAAGCACGAUCGAUACAAGGAAAUCAGUAUUAUUUUAUCGUGAAUUUUCACGAUAUCGAAAGAUCUUAUCGUCAUUUGUGUUCAUUCACGAAAAGAAUGUUAGUUGGAUAUAGAAUAGUUGAGUACAGAAGGUUUGCUCUUUUGUUUUGAAUUGUCGUUUUGUGUAAUAUUCAUUAAUAUCUAUAAAAAAGAAAGAAACUAUAAUUAUUAAAUAAUAAUAUUAUAAACAAGAAAUCGAAAAAAAAUAAUUAUAAAUAUUAUUAUUAACCCUUCAAAUUUCAAAUUUAUUUACUUCUUGAGGUAAUAUAAAUUAUUCUAUAUAAUUAAAAUCAUUUUUUACGAUCGAUAUAAGAAAAAAAUUAAAUUAAAUCAUUAAAUAAAAUAAAAUUAUUAAAUAUUUUUAUUAAAAUCAAAAUCGAAUCAAAAUUAUAAAUUAUAUUUUGAAGAUAAUAUUAUAUAUACUUUGUAAAUUUUUUAAUGUAUAAUUCAUUUAUACAAUAUAACAUGCGUAUAUAUCAUUUUUUGAAUUUAUUAUCAGAUAUUUAUAAAAAACAUUAAUGAUGAUAUAAUUUCCUUGAUUAUGAAAAAAUUUUUCUUCAAUAAUGUUUAGUUAUUUAUAAUGCAAAUUAUUGUACGUUCACUAUCAAUAUCCAAUAUAACAAUAUUAUUGUACAUUCUGUAUGAAGAGAAAGAAAAUACUUCGAGACAAUAAAUAAAUAAAAUAUUUAA